CAACUACAGGCGCCUGGUGGCAUCGGAACUGACACCUGAAUUUCGGCCAGCAUGAUAUUUUAUGUUCAUUUCUAAGGGAUCGCUUCUGAUUUCAUAUAUUUUGCUCUGAUUCUGAAUUGACUCAUUAUUAUUAACAUUAACAGGAGAUUAGAGGUACUGUGUCUCUUGCUGAAAAUAGGUUAUGGGUGCUGUGUUGGGGGCCCUGACUAGUUGGGUUUCUUGCCUUUGCAACCAUGCAGCAUGUCUUCGAUGCAGAUGCUGCCCACAGAUCAAGAAGUCUAUUGUUACCCGAAUCAUGUAUGCCUUCAUCCUUUUGCUUGGUACCAUCAUUGCCUGCGUCCUGUUGUCACCUGGUGUUGAACAACAGCUUAAAAGAAUCCCUGGCUUUUGUCACGGAGGAGCAGGAAUCGAGGCCAAUGUUCAGUGUGAGAUUUUUGUCGGCUAUAAGGCUGUGUACCGGCUUUGUUGUGGCAUGAGUUUGUUCUUUCUCACGUUCUCCCUGCUCACGAUCAAUGUGAAGAACAGCCGAGAUCCCAGAGCCGCAAUCCACAAUGGGUUCUGGGUUUUCAAGAUUGCAGCCAUGGUUGCUCUCACUGUUGGUGCCUUCUAUAUCCCAGAGGGGCCUUUUACCCGAAUGUGGUUUAUUGUGGGCAGCUGUGGAGCAUUUUGCUUUAUUCUGAUUCAGCUGGUUUUGCUUAUUGACUUUGCCCACUCGUGGAACGAAUCCUGGGUUGAAAAAAUGGAAAAGGAAAACCGAAAGAGGUGGUAUAUAGCCUUGCUGUCGGUAACAGGAGUGAACUAUAUUCUGUCCUUCACGGCUGCAGUUCUCUGCUAUAACAUCUACGCUCAGCCAGAAGGAUGCGUGCUUAACAAGUUCUUCAUCAGCUUCAACAUGUUAUUAUGUGUCGUAGCUUCUGCUCUGUCUGUACUGCCCAGAAUUCAGGAAUACCAGCCCAGAUCUGGUCUUCUUCAGUCAUCCAUUAUGACUUUGUACACCAUGUACUUCACCUGGUCAGCCAUGACCAACGAGCCAGACCGCACAUGCAACCCGAGUCUGAUCAGCAUCUUCCAGCAGAUCACGUCCCCCACAGUCGCCCCACUGGAGAUGGAGAACCAGACGGCCGUCAUCAUUGUAGACAUAGAGGAAACUGUGCCAUCUGCCCCGCAUUUGCAGUGGUGGGAUGCUCAAAGCAUCGUAGGACUGGCCAUAUUUGUUCUCUGCAUUUUGUAUUCAAGUAUACGCUCUUCCAAUACCAGUCAAGUUAAUAAACUAACCUUAGCAGCUAAAGAUACCACAGUCGUGGAUGAAAGCUGCACAGUGAGUCCUGAGACAGCAGAAGAGGUCACAACACCAAUUGUGGAGGACAAUGAAAGAGACACGGUUCAGUACAGCUACGCUUUCUUUCACUUCAUGCUGUUCCUGGCGUCUCUUUACAUCAUGAUGACUCUCACCAACUGGUACAGUCCAGAUGCAGAUUACAAUGCCAUGACGAGCAAGUGGCCGGCAGUGUGGGUGAAAAUCUCAUCCAGCUGGGUCUGUCUCUCAUUAUACACCUGGAGUCUGGUUGCUCCUAUGAUUCUCACCAACAGAGACUUCACCUAGACGCAUUUCUGCAGAACACCUUUAAAAAUCAAGGUUCUCUUCCUUCGCUACGGAAAUAUAUUUUUAAGAGUGUAAUGUCCUACAGCCUUGAUGCUCUUAUGAAAAUACUGUUUGGUUUUUGUUUAUAUUUAAUUUAUUGUUUAUUAUAAUGUUUAUAUUUUUGGACCAUUUUGCCUAAUAACCUCAGCCUGUGGUUAGGAUGCUCUCUGUGCCAUCAGCAAGAAUGACAAUGUAUUUUAUAUUUCUUCUAUGUCGGCUUAUUGCUUUAGAUAAAACUUUUUUAAUUUGUACUUUUGAUUUAUGUAGAAAAAGUGUUUUAUUUCUGUUGGUCAGGCAAAAUGUACUGAUCUCUCUAUUUUUGUAUCUUUACUGUAUGUUUUGUUUUGUAUAAAAAUGCUAUAUUUUCAUCAUAAAAUCAAGGCGUACAGUGACAAAAGUGCAUUAUUUCUGAUACAACAAGAGGCAGGAAUGCAACAUCGAGGAUGCAAAUAUAUUUUGGAUAAUUAUCAAAUAAGUUGUAUUUUUGUACAACCAGAACAAAUCUUGUAUUACAUGUACAAUGUAUUAAUGAAUUAACAUUAGCAUAUUUAACAGUGUAUUUACAAUGAUCUUUUUUUUUUAUUUGGAGAUAAAUUGAGAAUUCAUGAACAUUAUUAUAUUUGCAUGUUUUUGUCAUUGUUUUUAUAACAUCACGGCAGCUCUACCUUCAUGUUUCUGUACAGACUACAUCUCAUCCCUCUCACCUAACGCUGCUGUGAUGUUUCCUGAUCUUCUAGCAGAAGGAUGCAAUGCCUGAUGAAAUUUCUUUGAAUAUUAAUCCUCAAUUCUGAUGUGUGAGUUUAUGUUUCCAGGCUGCAUCACAAGGACUAGUCCCCCAACUGAACCUGGUUUCUGCAAAGGGUUUUUUCUCCAUCUUUUUCUCCUUUCGCCGUACAAUCUGUACAGGUGCAUCUC